AGCAGCAAACUGACAAGUGUUAUCAACAAGGAAGCAAAGUAAAAAGCAGCUGAUUGGUGCUGCAUGCUCUUGCUUUUGAAACUAGAUUUGGAUACCAUGGAGUCGGCAGCAGGCACAAUGCUGAACAAAAGAUGUGAUUCCAGAAAAAAUGGGGUUACAGGCUUGCUUACAAGGCGCCUUUGGAAGGCCUUGCAUCUGUCUUCCCCCAUGGCUCUUUCCCAGCGCUGUACAGGUUCUUGCCCAAACUUGAUGAUGAACAAGAACGAAGCGCUGGAGCAAAAGAGCAGCAGAGAAGCCUCUUCCAGAUCCCAGUCAAUGACGAAGGCUCACCGGGCACUGUGUUUAUCUCUCUCAUCAGAGAGUGCCAGGCAGUACCACGGCCUGGUGUCUCCAGAGAAUCUUGAUGCACAGAUGAAGCAAGCCCACAGCAGUGGGGCAGCCAGCAGCACAGGUUCGCUGGAGCGGGCAUCUUUGUUCUGUGCUUCUGCCUCCAGGUCCUUGUCCAAAUCCACCAUGCCCAAGCCAGGGGAUUCCCUGUCCAAGCCCCCGUCUUCCAUCCGGUCUGCCUUGUUUUCUCCAUUGCUGCGGAGCAACAACAGCCUUGAAUCUGAUUCCAGCCCCUUGUCUGCUUUUGGCUCCAAGAAGUGCCGCCAUGGGAAUCUGAAAUCAAGGGCCUCCGGGGAGGCGAAGCCAGGGGGCGGACAGGGCUUCAGCGCCUCUGAGCCGGUCAUCAGCAAGGUAACAGACUGCAUCUACGUGGGGAACCUCCACGCAGCUUACAGCGGGCGGGCGCUGUGCAAGAACAACAUCGACAGCAUCAUCGACAUGAGCAGCUUGCCCGGGGACUACAGGCUGAGCUUCAUCCCCUGCACCUGCGGCCGGGGACCCCAGCACAGCUGGCCCCGCCUCAAGGUGUACCUCCAGGGGCCCUUGGAGGAGGACUGCCCGUCUCUGCAGCAGCCGUGCUUCUGGGACAUCAACGAGUGCAUUGAAGCCUCUCUGGAGAAAAGGAAGCGGGUGCUGAUUCACUGCAGGGACGGCUACUCCUUGGCUCCCACCUGUGUCAUCCAGUACCUGAUGGUCAAGCACCACAUGAGGCUGCUGGCUGCUUAUGAGUUGGUCAGGGCCAGGUACCCCGUGAACAUCCAGGAAUGCCACCGCAACCUGCUGGUGGGUUUGGAGAGAGCUCUGUGGCCAGGAGAGGUGGACGUGGAGUGCUUUAAACAGGCCAUGUCGAGGAAAGUGGCGUGGACGUAGGGCCAGGCUAGAAGGUGGCAGUUCCGGGCAUUUAAAGCAGGAGCGCAGAACCACUUUCAGCCUGGGGGGUCGCGUUCCAGCGGUGCAUGGGGCCGGAGAGGUGAAAGGGGUGGGGCCGAAAAUGCAAAUACUACCAGCAUAUUUGAGCUUAAAUCUCUUGCUGCCAGUAACGAAGCCUUAGCAGAAGCAUUUCAACUAUUUAGAAUUGGGGGGAUGGGUGGGGACUGCAUGAAAGCCAGGAAACCAUCAAAUGAUGGGUGGUUGGUGGAAAGGGGGAAGGGCCAUCUGGGGAAUCCCAGAGGGCUGGAUGGUUUUGCAUCCCUGGCUUAAACCCAGAAUGGCCUCAAUCAUGUAGAAAGAGCAGGGAGCAGGUGGGCUGGCAGUGGGGAAGCCUCCCCUGUCUCCCAGCACAUGUUUUUGCAUUUAGUAAGCUGCAGGCAGCGGGAGGUUCCUGUGUUGUUCAUCCACACACUCUUUGUGCUUUUAAUAUUGAACUCCACCUUCGCUUUGUCUGAGGCAUUCCAUGUUUAAACCCAUGGAAGUCCUGCUGUCGUGUCUAGUUUGGUCCUUUGAGAAGAUACAACGGAAUACAAUAUUAUACUAUAAGGUACUAUAAGGUUCCAUGUUGGCACUGAAAUGCAGCCUGAGCCUGUUCCACAAAGCCAUAAGUUUCUACGUCCAUUCUGGUGUUUUUGAAUAUAAAGGAGCUGCCGUAUACCAUGUGAGAUUGUUGGUCCAUCCUCAACUAGAAGGUUCUUUUGCAGCCCGGCUCCUUGAAAUCCUCCAGUGAGAGAUGCUAAGGAUUGACUUUAUACAUGCAAAGUAUGUGCUUUAUGUUGGAACUAUGGCCAGGGUUGUGUGUACUCUGUGCUUAAAAGGUGCAUUUACCCUGCAAUGUUUACUAUUUUUCAUGUGUGUUUACUAUUUUUCAUGGGGAAGGACAAGGAGCUAUACUGGGCACUGAAGCUACACCCCCUAAUUAAUGGUGAUCACCGUGAUCUUAUUCAGCAGCUCUUCUGAUUUCUGAAGUUGUCAGGGCUGGGCCACAGGCAACAGUCCAUGGUGAUCCAGGACACUGGAACCUGACACCAUGUGACAAGUCAGUUGUCAGGGCCCAAGAAUAACCAAGAAUAUGCUAGUGUUCAGGAAGACCUCGUUGUCUGAGCAUGGCUCAACUGGAACAGAACAUCCUCUUAUACUCCUUCCUGUUCAGGAGGAACCAAUGACCAACCUGGGUGGGUGGAGUGAGUCCAGGGCCUAAGGGAACUUCACUCAGAAACUGCCACCUGCAGUUUAGUGGUUCAUCACAUGGGGAACUGAACAUAGAUCCAUCAGCUCCUGAGACAAGUUAACCAGGCACUGCCCAGACACUUCAAAGCACAUCUCUGCAAUCAUAACGGCUAUAAAGUUGCUUUUUUAAAUAAAUAAAGAAAUCUUUAUUUUCUCAGGAAGUUAAAUUAUGCAUCCCAUACUGCAAUCUGUGGCUUUUCCGUGCUCCCAAGAAAUCACAAUUUGCACCAUGCUCUUAUGGCUUCUCACUUAAUGUUGAAUAUACAUACAAGUUCCUUAAGGGUAUUUCCAGACAGAGGGCUCCUAACACUACUUCUUCUGCUGUAACCUAGAAGCAGAAUUGCAGUUGACCCUCCACAGUUCAAUGGAUCUGUUGCUUUUCUUUUUUCUUUUAGGUGUGUGCAUCUUGCUAUGUUCCAUCCACAUAAGUGGGGGCAACAUAGUCAUUUGGGCAGUGUUGUCUCGUUCUCCCACCCCUCAUUGUCACCACUUCCUUCUGACACUGAGGCUUCUCAGGUAUUUUUGUCCUGUGUGUGUGUCUAUGUGUGUGAUUCGCAGCUUUGGGUGCAGGUGUGUGUGAAGUUCAAUAAACCUUUGUAAUCUUUGGUAAACAAAUGUCUUCUGCAGCAGCGGCACUCUCUGCCUGGCUGAGAUACCUGUGUGUGUGUGUGUGUGAUUGGUGGCAUGGAAUGACCAAUGUCUGUGAAGCUGGCACCCUUUCCUGCCAAAAAUGUCAGAUAAAACAUCCUUUGUGGGGGCUGCUGCUGCUGGAACUCAAAUAAGCGGCCAUGUAUCCCAAAUUGCCACUGAGACUGCUACUGCUUCAGCAUGUGGAGGAGAAGACCCCGGCACAGAACGCUGGCGCACCAAUUCAGUCCUGUCUGGUUAGGAGGCGAAAGUGACGUUUCAACCCCAAAUGCAAAGCAGGUUGCUGCAAGGGAGAGAGCAGGGAAGAGAAAGGGAAGAAGCUGCCAAGUGGAAAAGGAGGGAUGUACUUGCCGUGGCUGCUGCUGCUUCCAUCUUCAUUCAAUUGGGAAAGUUUUUUGGGGUAGAAGCAGCAGCAAAACCCCUUCAUCCUGUAUCACCAUCUCCUCUAACUCGUCUUCAUGCGCCCCAGGCAUUGGGAGGGAUAAAUGGGCAGCCACUACUGCGCUCAACACUACUCCUGUCCAUGUUACCUUUAAAAAAAUGUUUAGUUGUGCUAUUCCAGCAGAGUGCAAUUGUGAUUAUUAUUAUUAUUUUAAAGAAUGCCUGCGGACAAAGUAAGCCCCACGCAAAUACAUAGGCGUUGUGCAGUGCUCCUAUUCAUUUCCUCCUUCACAGACGUUCUGCACUAAGAAAUAAGACGGGAAAGGGGGGAUGCAGGAGGAGGAUGAACCUCUGUAAAAUUCCAUGAAUGAGGCCAGGCAGUUCCACAAUAAAAGUCUGGUCUGGAAACACCUUUCAUUGCAUGAGGCAAGUGGUUCUCUGUGGUAAUGUAGCCUGUUCCCAUAGCUCUAAAGGUGGCAGCUCAGCCCUUAGAAGAGGAAUGGUAGGCCUCUCUCAUUUUGUCAAUGAAAUCUUGCGGUUGUAACACUGGACUAGAAUGUUUAAAGAGAUGGUCUCAACAGAAGACUUUAGCUACAGUGAGGUGCGAGUUUGUAAAAUCCUGAUAUGCGUGUAAAAGUCUUUGUAUGUCAGGGAUGGAUAGAGGCAUCCGAGAAGAAGGAUGUUGUCAAUAGCAGGAUUUAAAUUUGGUGCUUGAAAAUACCAGAUUCUAUGAGUGGAAUAAAGUAGGUAUUUAAUAUUUAUUCAUUUCUUUUUCCUGGCUGUAAUUUUUCUUGUUUCAGUGUUUGAACAUUUGUUAGGAACUCUGGCCAAUGGUGUCCAUAGUGGGCUGAUACAGAUAAUGGAGUUGCUACAUGCAUACUCAGAUUUUACUGAGGUAUGUUUGUGGAGACUGGAAUAGGGGGAAUGAGUUGGCCUCUAAACUUUAUUCCAUAGCACCUGCAAAAGGCAGUGAGUUUUUGCUCAUUUCAGAAGUUCAUUAAAUUUACUAAAGUGGGGGAGAUUCAAAGAGGGAGGAAAAACAAAUAUAAAUAUCACCAACAAGGGUUGUAUCCAAUGUUAGUCUUUCUUAGAAUAGACCCAUUGAAAUGAAUGGAACUUAAGUUAAAAAACUAACAUUGGGUACAACCCAAUAUAACAUAAAUUAAUAAAUAAUACCAUAUAUAAUGGGCAGUAUCCAAUGCUGCCCUUGUGCUAGCUAGUGGGAAUAAUGGCUAGUGUAAUGGGAAACUUGUGCUUGAUAGUGCAACUAGAAACUAGCCCAAACUAGCGUUUCCAGAACAGGAAAAGUCAGGUUCCGGAAAUGCUUAUUUGAGCUAGUUUCUGGUUGCGCUAUUCAGUGCUGGUUUCCCAUUGCAUUAGCAGUCAUUCCUCCUAGUGUAAUGUGGUUGGCGUUGGUAGACUGCCAGUGUUGGAUACUGUCCAAUAUAUUAUACGUAUUACAAAAUAACUCAAUAAAAUUAGACAAAAUUGCUUCAAGGUCCUCUUCCUUGCCCCUCUAUUGAAAAAAGAGCUAGUUCAAGUGUCAAUAAAGAACACAAAUCUACUUUUUGACUCUACCAGUCAGAAGCGUUUGGAAUUCUAAUGCAGCCGGAGCAACACAAUCGGAAAGAUUUGGGCUCCUGUUGUUGCUCCAACUCUAAUUCAGCAUCGUUUCCUGACACCAUUUGAACGGCAAAGGAAACAGAAUCCUUCCUUUUCUCUGCCUUCACCACUACCCAGAGAAAUAGACAGAACCCACCCUAUUUGUGGGUGCAGGGCCCUUGAUUCGGUUUUUUUUUUAAAAAAACGUAUCCCAUGCUAGCAUCCUAAUCUGGAUUAGGGCAGUGCACCUACUCAUGAGUAAACAUGAAAAGACAGCUGCUAGACACAAGUUUAAAACAAUGCCUGCUUUAGCCCAGAAUUAUUCUGUAGCUAAUCUUUGAGAUCCUUCUAUUAGUUUUCCUGAUUUCUACACAAAUAGCCCUGCUUUUUUUUCUGUGCUACUCUGAAGUCCUAUUGAGUUAAAUAGAAUUUACUCCCUAGAAGGUGCAGAGGAUUGCAGCCCCAUCAAAGUGAAUGCACUUUAACUUCAUUGCGCUGCUGGCUCCUGUUCUUGUUCUGUCGCUUUCAACAAGGCUCUGUUGUAAUUGACUCGCUAUAGCCCAAGCAAGCUUUGCAGGUUGCUUGGGCUGCAGUUCUGCCAGCAGGUGGCAACAGGAAACUGCCUUCCCAAUAUGACAAGCUGUGUAAGAGCUGGGAAGUCCCUCUGGGUUUCAAACUUCCCUGCUGCCAAUGUGAAACCACGCGCUUGGCUAAGCCGCACCACAUCCACUACCCAAACAAGCUCCUUUCUCCCCUUUGCACUGUCCUCUCUCAGCAGGGCCUGCAGCACUUUCCCCAGCUGCUGGUACAGGAAGUUGCGGUAGUACUCCGCCUGUUUGCAUCUAGUGGGGUAGUUACUGAUUAACAAAGAGGCCUGUGAUGACUUCAUUUUUGCCUUUAAAAUCCAGUUGAACUGGAGCUGCCGCUGUAUAGAUGGGGGAUUGGUGCAAAAGCGAGCUUAUUGCAACCUGGUUUUAAAUGUUGAAAAUGAAUUGAAGGCUGCUCCUUCAUUCUAGAGCAGCAUGGAGCUCUAUGGAGCAGACUGGUCCCCUCCAGAUGGGCUGGACAACUCCCAGCGUGAUAGCUGAGGGUGAUGAGAUGUCUGUCUGGAGGGUGACUGCUCUGUUGAAUGUAAGAGGUACCCUUUACUUCUGCAUAUACAGACUCCUUAAAACAGAAGCCUUUCCGUCAUGUGCACUCUAUAAUUCUCUCCAUAAGUGUGCAACGCAAACUCUCCAUGGAAGCUGGGCCUGAGUGUAAUAGGAAUAGCACACCUUCCCCCGGCAACAACGUGUGUACAAACACUUAACGGGGAAGGGAGUCCUUGGCUUCUGAGGCAACCUCAGAGAUCCAGCAAGCUGAAAAAUUGCACAUGAGCCUCUAGGGCCUGGGACUUGUGGGAGAAACCCCUUAACAGGCACAGGAAAUCGCGUUAAUAGCCAGACUGGAGCUACUCUGGAGCCAAAGGGAACUUCCAGAUGGAGGGCUCCCAUCAAAAGGCUUUGUUCGGCUCUUCCGACUUAACAGAGUUAUCAUAGUAAUAAAAAAGAUGGAAGAAGCAGUGGGAGAACAUGGGAAGAUAUCAUAUGGAUCCUCUAUACAAUUCUGUGAAUGAGACCGGGCAGUUGCAAGAUAAGAGCCUCGUCGGGGAGCACCAUAAGAAGACAUUGAAAUAUUUUGGGUACCUUCCAGAUGGCUCAACAUGCUGGACACCAGAGCACCUGGAAGAAGUGGAAGGGAUGGUGGAAAUCAGCCAAAUUCCAGAUACUUCUAUAUAUGCACAGGCCUAUUACUUCUUUUGUAUACUUUGAGUGCAUAUGACCUCUUAAUCUGGCCUAUGCUCCACUCUGCGAAUGUUCCCACAAUCUUAAGGUGCUAUCUAUGUAUGUUUAGACGAGAAAAAAAGUAUUACAACUUUUGGCUGGGGCAUGCUGGGAGUUGUAGGACUUUUCUGGCUGGCUGGGGCAUGCUGGGAGUUGUAGGACCUUUUUGUCUUUUUGCAUAGCGAUGUGGGUUUAAUUGCUGAGAUGGCCCUUAACGAGACAGGCCUCUCUUGUUUGUAAGCAUUCCUGUUGUCCCAAGGGACUGCAGGAGCAUGGGGAGUUUCAGCCUUAUCCCUACCAAGUUGCCAAAUUUCUGUCAUUAUUAGCCAUCCAGCACAUUUAAGGAAUGAUAACCCUGUGCUCGUCAAACCCACUUUAAAAUUUUGCCAUCAGAGGAAUGAGAUUUGUUGGAAGUUGCGAGGAGAAUUUAUAGUUCAGUAUUGCCUUGGGGGCUGUAAUCCUUCUCUUUGAACUUAGGUUCUGUACCUGCACAGCGUAUCGAACAUGAUGUAUUCAAUCUGCUGGAUGCAUUGAGGAAGAGUUGGGGGCCUGAGAGAGAGAACAUCCAAAGUCCAUUAAACGACUGAGAAGACUUUAAAUCCAUCUUCCUUGGAUAUAAAUGUGAAUAACCAACUUUCAUGGGCUUCACGGCUUAAAGCCGCAGCAGAUGAAUGUGGGCCUCAUCAACGAAACCAAGAUGUCCGAGUAAG